GUCAUAUGAAUAGCAGUAAAUGUUCUAUGGCAAUAGUGUAUUAUAAGUGUAGGUUUACUAAUUUAUUUUUUUUUUUUUACGGUUUUCAUGCGUUUUGGCUAUGUCCGUUUAUUUAUCAAUACCACCAAGUGAAGUAAUUAUUGAUUCGUGCAUUAAAAUAAACACCGUAGUCUAACGUUAUUAUUCUUAUAAAGUGUGUUCGUUGUUUUAUUCGCCCGACGCCGGACAUAUAAAUUACUUAUACAAAAUACCUAUUUGGACAUGCACCGAUCAAAGGACUGCAGUUCGUGAUUGACAGCAAAUCAAAAAAUAACACCCAAAGUACGCGCGAGGUACUUACAUAUUUUUAGCUUAAUUUGUAUAUAAUUAGACCUAAUUAUAAAAGUACAAAAUUAGAAAUGGACAACAUUAGGAAGUUCGCCGCAUCCUCUGUUGUAUCGUCUUGCAAAUUCUUGUUUGUUUUCUGACAACUCGUGUUAAAUACCAAACAAUUAAUUUGGUUUGUAUUGGUUCAGUUCUCAUGUGUCUCAAUACCGAAGACUUGAUUAAAUACGCUCAUGAUUAUUUGUUAGCUUUACAUGGCAGAAAACACCUCCAUUUCCAAUAAUAGUGGUAUUGUGGAAUUUAACCACCAUUUAGUCACUGAUCAAGAAACAAGGAUGAGUGGAUCUGGUGGAUCAAAUAGUGGUGGUACAUCGAUUGGUAAUCCAACUGCUAGUGUUGGCACUGUCAGUGUGUUAUUGCCCAGUGGUGGUGGGACAAAGCGAAGAAGUGCCGUUGGCAGUAAUAGCUCUCAUAAUGGCGGAUCUGCUUCAAAUUCUGCAUCUAUAUCUGCUGAUUUAGCAUCACUUUUUGAAUGCCCUGUUUGUUUUGAUUAUGUGUUACCUCCAAUAUUGCAAUGCCAAAGCGGACAUUUAGUUUGUAGUACAUGUAGACCAAAACUCAACUGUUGUCCAACAUGCCGUGGUCCACUUGGAAACAUACGCAAUUUAGCCAUGGAAAAAGUAGCUUCAACAGUCAUGUUUCCUUGUAAAUAUUCAUCAUCAGGUUGUCCUGUAUCAUUAUUACAUUCUGAAAAAGUUGAACAUGAAGAAUUAUGUGAAUGUCGCCCAUACACUUGCCCAUGUCCAGGUGCUUCGUGUAAAUGGCAAGGUGGAUUGGAACAAGUCAUGGAACACUUAAUGGUUGCACAUAAAUCUAUAACAACUUUACAAGGAGAAGAUAUAGUAUUUUUAGCAACAGAUAUAAAUCUCCCCGGUGCAGUGGAUUGGGUCAUGAUGCAAUCAUGUUUUGGCCAUCAUUUUAUGCUUGUACUUGAAAAGCAAGAAAAAUAUGAAGGACACCAACAGUUCUUUGCUAUUGUGCAAUUGAUUGGUAGCCGAAAGCAAUGUGAAAAUUUUGCUUAUAGGCUAGAACUUAAUGGACAUCGAAGACGUUUAGCAUGGGAAGCUACACCAAGAAGUAUACAUGAAGGAGUUUCAACAGCAAUUUUGAAUUCAGACUGUUUGGUUUUUGAUACAAGUACAGCACAACUCUUUGCCGAUAAUGGAAAUUUAGGAAUUAAUGUCACAAUAUCUACAAAUGUGUAAAGCACAUAAAUAUUUGUGUGGAUUAGUAUCCAUGAAAAAUAACGAAAUAUUUUUCUUUUAUGACUUAUUCCUAACCAACUAAUUAAAAUAUGGAUGUAAAUAAAAUAGAUAUUAAUCAACUGCAUUUUGGGGAGAUAACUAAUGUAUGAACCAAUUUAUAGUGAGAAUUUAUAUAUAUUUCUCAUUGUUCGAAAAAAAAUAAACCAAUACUUGUAUCAUUUAGUUGACAACAUUUGUUAAAUAAUUAGCCUGAAAAUAUAAUUUAAAGAUAUUUAUUUUUAUCACUGAGUAUCUUAGUUUGUUAAUAAGACUUGAGUACAUACAUAUAUCUCACAUAUUCUUUAAACUUGUAACUAUAAAAAUAAUAUUAGUUUUAAUAAUGAAUUUUGUUUAUAUUUCUGUGAGUUUUAAUAUUAACUUACAUUUGUUUAUUUAAAAAUACUAUUUACAGAAAGAAAAAUAUAUCUAGGUCUAUUAUUAAUAAUUAAAUCAGUUAAAAUUCUAAGAUGUAUUCCCUUUUUUCGCGUGUUUUUAAAUUUUUAUUCAAUAACAUAAAUAUAUCAUUAAGUUGCAAUGAUAUGCUUAAGAUAUGUGUUAACUAUUUUUGUUUGUCUGGAUUUUGUUCAUCACGUGUGUGUAUGUGUGUGUACUCGUCAUGUUAUGACUUGUGAGUUACUAAAAAAAAAAUGUAAAUGUAUUUUAAUGAUAAAUUAAUAAUUUUGUUUCUAUUUUGUAUAAUAUUGUAAAUACAUCUUGUAGGUAUAAUUUUUUUUUUUUUUCUAUUAAAUUUACAAAUUAUAAAAAUAUAAAUUGUCAAUGUUUCAUCAUUUUUCGAAAUAACUUAUGAAACAUAUCAUUAAAUAAACUAAAAAUGUCGAACUAAUUUGUUCAUUUAAUAAUUCAACGUGUCUCAAAUGUACAAAUUAUUAUGUUUAAUAUAGUUGAUGUUGAAUUGUGUUUCUCAUUAAUAAAUAUUUCAAAAAUAACUUGAGAUUUUUUUCUUAAAAAAUGAAGACAAUUGUAUUAUUAAUAAACAUAUGUGAAAAUGAGUACCUAGUAAUUCUAGGUUUAAUACAAUCAUUAAUUUUCAUGUAAUGUAAAUUAGUUUUCUAAACUUGAAUGUAUUUAAUAACUUAUUAGAUACCACAGUAGGUCUUACUUUUCAUUAUUUUGUUGUUUUUUUUUUUUUUAUUAUUAUUACCCAUUUGUGUUCAUUUUAUAUUCUAUUUUAUCCAGGGGCAGAUUUAAUACAGCGGUGCUUAAAAGAACUUUAAGCUAUCUCUCUAGACCUUAAUAUGCCCUAACUUAUAAUACAGAUAUAUAGGUAGUAUAUAAUAUAUAAAAAAAUAUACAUUAUAUAUUAUAUAAUAUUAUAUGUUUGUAAUCCCUAAAAUAUGUGCAUCCCAGGCAGUUGUCUAGUAUGCCAUGAAUCCGCCCCUGAGUUCUUUUUUACUUAUAGUUAUUAUGUGGUCAUUAAUAAAAGUGUCUAAUAUAACUUGUAUGUACUAAUUUAUUAUAAUUUUAUAUGGUUCAAAAUAUUUUUUUUUUAUUAUUAUUUUUAUUACAAUAUUUGAAAAAAAACCUUUUAAUAAAAUUAUUUUAUGUAAGUGACUAAAAUAUAGUAUUUUGGUAAAAUUAGAUAUUGUUUUAAUUACUUAUUAUGAAGGCAUUAUUAUAAAAUAUGUAUUUACUACCUAUACUUAAUAAGUUAUAAUUUAUAAAUAUUGAUUAUUUUUUUUUAUAAUUUAAAUAUUUACAGACCAAGUGUUCAAGUUUGUGUUACUUAUAAGUAUCUAGCAUAUGUCUUAACUAUUGGAUUUUUUUUUACAAACUUGGUAAUUUAUUAAUUAAUAUUUAAAACAAUGACUUUGUAUAACAAAUUAUUGUAUAUGAUGUAUUUUACAUGUAUACUUAGGCUAAGUGAAUAGUCUCAACUAUUGUUGGAAGUGACACAUCAUUUAAUUGUGCAAUGUUAUAGUUGCAGUAAUUCAGGAUUUUUAAAUUAAAAAAAACAUUAACUGUUUCAUUAAACAUAAAUUUAUUAAUAUUUUAAUAAAAUUGUAUGUAUUAAAAAAAAUUAAUAAUAAAUACAGAUUUUUUUUAUUUAUUA